CUUAGAGAUGUCGCUAUGCUUAGUGUGGGAGACGGUUUGACAGGUGAAACGUUAGCAGCGGCAACUUGGUUUGGUUAUCAAGGCAACUUAACGUGGAGAAGCUGCGGAGGAGCGUUUGAUGUGUCAAAAAUUUCAUUAACAAGGUUUAAUUAGCAAAAUUAGUUGAUGAGAAUGUGAACUGUGAGUGAUAUGUGCUAGAAUGAAAGCUGCUACUCGUUUUUAUAUUUUGAGAAACCGAUUCUCUUGAUAGUAUAGUUCUAACUUCGGAUUUUCGGUAUGUAUUACUUUAAGACGGGCUUUGUGAACUGUAACAGGACAGUAAGGAAGAUCAGAAGACACUCUGAACAGUAGUAUUGCUCUGUAUUUCUACAGAGGAAACCCAGCAAGUCUGAAAUAACUGCUGCAGUUAGUGCCUCUGCAGGUUUAUUGACAAAUUUAUGUGCAGUUUUUUAAGCUACGAAUCUUUCGUACCUGUAGCACAUUAUCGGGAAUUAGGGCUUGUAACCUCCUGCUUGUUUUAUAUUUUUUAUAUUCGUGUCGGGUGAAAAAGAAUGCGUUGCUUGUAAUAAAAGAUUGUGCCUGUUAGUACAAAAUGUGUUGUUUGUUUUGAAAAUUAGUGCAGCUUGUGUAGAGACGAUGGCAUUUAUGAUGAAGAAAAAGAAAUACUACAAGUUUCAAGUAGAAAUUUGCCUCGAAGAACUGACAGCGGUACCCUUCGUCAGUGCUGUUUUGUUUGCUAAAGUGCGGCUCCUGGAUGGUGGCAGCUUUACGGAAACCUCCAGUCGGGAAGAAGUGCACGAGCACACGGUGCGAUGGGGCGCGAGCUUCGAGUUCGUGUGCAAGAUGAGCGCCAAUGCGUCCACCGGCGUGCUCGACCCCUGCAUACUGAGGGUCUCCGUAAGAAAGGAAGUGAAAGGUGGAAGAUCAUUCCAGAAGCUUGGUUUUUGUGACCUGAAUCUUGCCGAGUUCGCCGGAUCUGGGGAGACGACUCGAAGGUACCUGCUAGAAGGAUACGAUACCCGGCAUAGGCAAGAUAAUUCUAUGCUGAGAGUAUCCGUUAAAAUGAAUAUGCUGUCGGGAGACAUUUUAUUUAAAGUUCCGUCGCCAUCUCUAAAACAUAAACCUGUAGUUGUACAAGAGGAAGGCUCUGAGAGGAGAGACGACUACUCCAGCGGCUCAGUGGCGGGAUCUGUGGCAAGCGGCAGCUCGGGAUUUGGCAGCUUGCCAAAGAAGAGGCCGGCCUUGUUCUCAUCAGAACUGAUAUCAGGAGCGGGGCAGGGUGCUACAGAACCUCAGGAACAACCAGAGGGUACAGUAUCAGUAGCACCUGAAGUUGAUGAAACUCAUGAAUUGGGUCAUUCACGAAACUCUUCCAAUACGAGCCAAAUGAGUCGUGCCUCGGGAUACAGCUCUCUAAAUAGCCAGUCCCAACACAGUAGACAAAGCAGUUCUGGUGACUCGGGACACAUACGGUCCCCAUCGUGGCCGGUUUCGGUGCUGCGUAUGCAUCUGUGCACUGAUGUUGCUUCCUUGAGCAAUCCUACAGCCACCUCUUUGAGCACUCAGUCUCCACCAAAACCUAUAGUGUCAGAGAAGGCACAGUGGCAUUUGUGGCCCAGCUCGUGGUCUCUCGGUCUGGGCAGCAUGUGGCGUCAGCGUAGCUCCUUGUCUCCAUCUAGCUGCAAAGAUAUACCUUCCACAUCUCCCUCCUCAAUGUAUUUUAAAAGGUCUGCUCCUGGUGCAUUCCAUUUUCCUCCUUGGGCUUCCCCGCGCUUUUCACCCAAAGCUGCCUCCUCUCCUGGCAUGUUACAUCAGCACAGUCCUAGUUCCAUUAGAAGCCUGGAUUCCUCUGAAGGUGGAUAUGGACACAUCGAAAGAAAUCCUAGCUCUGGCUCUGGACUAAGUGAAACUGGUUCUCUUGAUCGUGCAAAGGCAGCAAUGGAACGACGGAAAAAGGCAGCUGAAGAUGUAACAGUUCCAGGUCGUGUUGAAGUGACACGAGUAAAUCCUGACAGCCUGAUCGAUGAAUUGAUUAGGUCAACAAAUCUUGACCAACCUGAUGAAUCUGCUGAGACUUCAGGUUUGCAACUCUUCAUAGCCAAAGAUGGUACAACAGCAUUAGGGUCUCAUGAAGUGAAAAGCCAGAUGUCUGCAGGUGUCUUCAAACAGGUUGUUAUGAAAUCUGAUCCAACAUAACAGAGAAUGGAAAUAUUUGAAUUCAAGGAAUGUAACACCAUGGAAUUGCAGUCAAUGCGAAAGUACUUUGGAUUCUCAGGAAUUUACAUAAUCUUUUCUUCCCCUCCCCUCCCACCCCCUUUCUUUGGAGGCAAGGAUGUACUUGAAUGUUAUGUUGUCUAUGAGUUUUUCAUAGUCUUUAAAAACACGUUCUGUAUACAUAAUUUAUCUAAUUUUUCAUAAAUUGUGAACUUGUAAAUUGCAUAUACAUUAUACAAUAAAACGACUCAUUUAA